UUGAAUAGUGUUUAAAGCCACAAUACUCCACGCGCUUUACAUCAGAUUUCCAAACACGAACAAACCAUCAGAUCCACUAAUUACGCAAAUUUAAUAAAAUAAAGCGCGUGGAUAUCCAUCGCGCCCCCUUGGAUGUUUGUUAUUAUUUUUUUAAUUUCCUCCCUAAUCGGCUGCGAUGGAGAGCUACCUCUCUUAUCGUGAAGCGCCAAUGACCUUCCUAUGAUAACUUCCAUAAAUCAACCAUGUCUUCCUUCUUCUUGAUCUCUCACUCGACUCAGAUCACGAAUCGCUUGACUCGUUUUAGAGUGUUUUCAUCUGUAGAAAUAAUCCCCCGCGUCUUGACUCAGCAACUCGGAAUUAAAAGAUGGAGCCGAUGGAUAUCGUGGGUAAGUCGAAGGAGGACGCUUCGCUUCCCAAAGCAACUAUGACCAAAAUUAUAAAGGAAAUGUUACCACCAGAUGUACGCGUUGCAAGAGAUGCUCAAGAUCUUUUGAUUGAGUGUUGUGUAGAGUUUAUUAAUCUUAUUUCAUCAGAGUCCAAUGAAGUUUGUAAUAGAGAGGAUAAACGAACAAUAGCACCUGAGCAUGUACUCAAGGCUUUAGAGGUUCUUGGGUUCGGAAAGUACAUUGAAGAGGUCUAUGCUGCAUAUGAGCAGCACAAGAUUGAGACACUGGACUCUUUGAAAGGUGGGAAAUGGAGCAAUGGGGCCGAGAUGACCGAGGAAGAAGCAGUAGCUGAGCAGCAAAGAAUGUUUGCCGAGGCACGAGCAAGAAUGAAUGGUGGUGCUGUUGCUCCCAAGCAACCAGAUCCUGACCCAAGUUUAGAGAGCUAACCAUUUAGGACUUAGUUUUCUUUUACAAUAGGCAAGUAUCCUUGACUCUUCCAUUAGUGCUUCUAAGUUCUAAUCUCAUAUAUUAUGUACAAAAAAAGAAGAAAAGCCAUUGGUUAGUGUGCAGUGGCCUUUGUGGAUAUUUGUACUUUUUUCUUAAUCUAUGGAGGAUGUCUAUAAUUUGAUGUAGGGAGUGAGAGUUUGUUCACUUUCUGUGCCCAAACCUUUAUUAGUAGUAUUUUAGUCGUUAAUCAAUCAAGCUGUAUUAGGACUUAGUGUUCUUUUGCUUUUUCAUAAAAUUAAACUUGUAUAUAAGAUUUGAUUUCA